AUUGAUGAAAAAAGCUUGGAGUAGAUCUGCAUCCUAAAUAGUGACAAUGUUCACUUAAGCAUAGUAAAAAUAUGAAAAAUAUUGUAGAUAAGAGAUGGAGCUAAUUGUUGCUAAACGACAAUUUGAUGAAAUGUCAAAAGAAUUGAAAUAAAGAAGAGAGUAAAUCUAUGGGAGAAUGAAAGGAGUCCCAAAAAUAGAAAAGAAACCUGAGUCAUCUGGUAAAUAGGAAAAGUUUAAAUCAAUGGUAAAUAUUAAUAAAUAAAUCUAAGGAUGAACAUAAGAUUACAUUAUAAGAGCUAGAAAACAAGAUGUAAACAAAUAUUAUCAAUGGAAUUGAUACAUAAGAGGCUGAAAAGAGAUUAGUCGUACAUGGAAAAAAUUAAUUGACAGAAAAAAAAUAAGUUCCUUGGUAUUUAAAAUUAUUGCAUGAAUUAACAUCAGUAUUUGCAUGCAUGAUGUGGACAGGAUCAGCAUUAUCAUUCAUAGCUUUUGGAUUAACACCAGAAGAUCCUUCAAAUUUAUAUUUAGCAAUAGUAUUGGCAGUUGUGGUAACUGUUACAGGAAUAAUGGCUUAUUUUUAAAAUCAAAAAUCUGCUGCAUUAAUGGAAGCAUUUAAAAAUUUUAUACCACCUGAAACCUAGGUUAUAAGAAAUGGAAGAUAGAUGAAAAUUCCAGCUGAAAACUUAGUUCCAGGUGAUUUAGUUGUAGUAGAAUUUGGUAAAAGAAUACCAGCAGAUAUCAGAAUAAUAGAGAGUAAUGGAAUUAAAGUAGAUAAUUCAAGUUUAACAGGAGAAACACUAUUAUUAUAAAGAACUCCUGAUUGUAGUCAUCCAGAAAAUCCUUUAGAAACAAAGAAUCUUGUAUUUUUUGGAACUUUAUGUAAAGAGGUAUAAAAUUAUAAUAUAUAAAAAGGGUAAUGGAAGAGGUAUAGUAAUAUUUACUGGUGAUAAUACAGUAAUUGGUUAAAUUGCAGGAUUAGCUAUGUCAUCUGGAGAGGAAGAGUCUGUUUUAAGAAAAUAAAUCAAUCUUUUUGUAAAAAUGAUAGCUAUAAUUGCUUUAAUAUGUGGAAUAGUCUUUUUCAUUUUAGGUAUGUCUUAUGGAUAUCCUGCAUUAUAAAAUAUUAUUUUGAUGAUGGGUAUUGCUGUUGGAUAUGUACCAGAAGGUUUGAUUGCUACAGUAACAGUAGCUUUGAGUUUGACAGCAAAGAGAUUAGCAUAAAAGAAAGUGUUAGUUAAAAAUUUAGAAUGUGUUGAAACUUUAGGAUCAACAUCUUGUAUAUGUUCUGAUAAGACUGGUACUUUAACUUAGAAUAAAAUGACAGUUGAACAUUUAUGGUAUAACAAUAAAAAAGUUAAAGGUUUGAAUUACUAAAAAUUUGGUAAGAAAUAUAAUUACGAAUACGAUUUAUAGAAUAAAGGAUUUUAAGAUUUAUUUGAAUGCGCAUCAUUUUGUUCAGAAGCUGUAUUUGAUCCAUCAUUACCAUAAGAAUUAAGAAUGAAGAUUUAGAAUGAUAAAUUAUUAAAUCAAUAAUAGAAAGAAUAGAAAAUUCAAUUAGCAACAAAUGAUUGGGAAAUUAAAUACUAAUCAAUGAGUUGGUUAGAGAGACCUACAAUAGGUGAUGCAUCAGAGAGUGCUUUAAUUAAAUUUUUAUAACCAAUAAAAGAUAUAUUAGAGACAAGAAAUAGUAAGAAAUUAGCAACAGAUGUAGAUGGUAAAAAUACAAGAAUGCCAUUUAAUUCAAAUAACAAGUAUGCAUUUGUUAUACUUGAAUAUGAAACAGAAGAAUCAUUUUAUUGUUUGAUGUCAAAAGGUGCACCUGAAAGAAUAUGGGAAUUAUGUACAACAGUAAAUAAUGAUGGAAAUGAGGAAUAAAAAGAUGAAAAUUGGGAAAAGGCAUUUAAAUCUAUAAAUAAGUCAUUUGGUAAAAAUGGAGAGAGAGUUUUAGGAUUUGCUAAAGUUCAUUUACCAAAAACAGCAUAUCCAAAAGGAUAUCCCUUUAAUUUAGAUAAAAUGAAUUUCCCUUGGAAUAAAUAAUAAUUUUUAGGUUUGUUUUCAUUAAUUGAUCCUCCAAAAGAUUCAGUACCAGAUUCAGUAAUAAAAUGUAAAACAGCAGGUGUAUAAGUAAUAAUGGUUACUGGAGAUCAACCUGUAACAGCAGCAUCAAUAGCUAAAUAAUGUAAUAUAAUAACUGAGAAAACAGUUAAUGAAAUAGCUGAUGAAGAAGGAAUAAGUUUUGAAGAAGCAUUCCAUAGAUCAAAUGCAAUAGUAAUACAUGGAGACUCAUUAACAAAAAUGAUGAUAGAUGAUGAAGGGAAACCAGAAUCUGAAUAAGGUAGAUAAUUAUAAGAAUGGCUUAGUAAAUCUUAAAUUGUAUUUGCAAGAACAAGUCCAGCUUAAAAAUUAAUUAUUGUUGAUGGUUGUUAAAAGAAAGGACAUAUUGUGGCUGUAACUGGAGAUGGAGUUAAUGACUCUCCAGCUAUUAAAAAAGCUGAUAUUGGUAUCUCUAUGGGUAUAACAGGAUCAGAUGUUGCUAAAGAUGCUGCAGAUAUGAUAUUACUUAAUGAUGAUUUCUCUAAUAUUGUUAUUGGUAUAGAAGAAGGUAGAAAAAUUAUAGAUAAUCUAAAAAAGACUAUUGUAUUUGUUUUAACUGGUAAUAUAGUUGAAGUUAUUCCUAUAUUUGCUUACUUUAUCUUAAAUAUUCCAUUACCUUUAACUACUGUCUUAAUUCUUUGUAUUGAUGUUGGUACUGGUAUUAUUCCAAGUACUGCUUUUGUCUAUGAAGAAGCUGAAUUAGAUAUUAUGACAAGAAGACCUAGAAAUAAAGAAGAAAAUUUAAUUACUCCUAAAAGUAUUGUAUUUGCCUAUGCUUAACAUGGAUUCAUUUAACUUUGUGGAUGCUUUUUAGCUUACUUUGUUGUUUUCUACGAUUAUGGAUUUCUUUCAGAUUCUUUAUUGGGAAUCCUUGCUAAAAAUGGUGUUAUUCCUAAACCUACUGAUGAUUUUGAUCCUAAUGAUAGAUUCUUUGGCAACACUAAUCUUAAAAAUAUUUAUACUGAUCGAGUUUAAUAAUAACCUGAAACUGUUGGAUAACAUUGUAUUUCAGAUGAUGAAACUAAAUUUGAGACUAUUGAUUGGUUAUUCUCUAAAAAUAAUGAUGUAGAUUUGAGAAUGUAUUAUAUUCAAUGCAAUACUCAAACUAAUUAAUGGGAGUUAAGUGUUGUUUGGGGAGAAUGUUAAAUAGACUAGAUAUCUCCACUCAGUAACAAGCCUGUCUGUUACAGUACUGAAGCCUUAUAAUAUGCUUAAACUGCUUACUUCAUUGGACUUGCUUACACUUAGAUGUGCAACUAUCAAUCUUUAAAGACUCAUAAAUCUGCAGGCAUCUUUUAAGGUUUCAAUAAUGUAUUUAUGCAUUUUGGAUUCAUGACUCUUAUUAUCUUAGUUAUGGGACUUACUUACGUUUAAAGCAUUAAUGUGGCUUUCCAAACUAGAGAUCUUUUAUUUUAGCAUUAAAUGCUAGCAUUACCUUUUGGUCUCUUAAUGUAACUUUGGAAUGAAGCUAGAAAAUACAUGGUUAGAAAUGUUCCCUAAACCACACAAACAAUGCCAAAUUGGUGGGCAAGAUGCACAUCAAUUUGAUAAAUUGAUAUUCAAUUAGAU